GCUACGUUGAACGAGUUGGAAACAGCGUGGCGGAAUGAUUGGUAGCGAGUAUGGGGCAUUCUCGAAUAAUCUCUUGGCUGAUUUUCAAUGGAAGCGCAGGAGCUAUACAGACUGAGAAAAGCUGAUUCUACUGAAACAAUUCCCUGCUUUUUCGAAGAAGACCUCAAUUUGCGUCAACUCGAAAAGCUCAAGGUCGUUGAUGAGGCUGAGGAAAAAAUCGCAAUGCUGGACUACUUUUAUGCAGACUCACAGCUCAAUCAAAAAGAACGACAAAUGAUAAGAGACUUCCUUCAAAAAAGAUUAGAAUGGCCGGAGCCAAUCUGCACUAUUUUGUACAACGAAGCGAUUGAGGAAGACAAAGACAAUGGUGUGAUGUUGCGAGUGAAGCGAUACAUAGAGAUGAACACUACCACGUGGACAUUACAGUUGUUGAAAACUGCAGAAUGUCUUCAGAAGAUUCCGCGAUUUGCAUGGGCAAAAUACUACGCAAUGUAAGCAGCUUCACCUGCUCAAGCAAAAAA